AUGGCUACCUCAAAGAAGAACUCUGAGGCUACUGCUGGUACUAAACACGCCUCUCCAACCGAUCCCGAAUAUGAGCCAAUCACUAAGCGUACUCGGCAAGCCUCUAAAAAAUCCACCGAUCAAGAACAAAAAUCAGCAACAGCAACUUCAUCAUCAACCGUAUCCUCCAAUGAGGAUGACCAACAAUCCCAAGACAAACCUAAACUAGAAGACAAGGAUGGUCAUGGUCAAGUGGACUCAGAUAGCAACACUAAGGACUCAAACGAUGGGGGAGAUAGCGAUAACAAGUCCAAGUCGACAAAUGGCGACGCUAGUGACUCCAAGGACACAAAUGUCAAAUCCAAGGAUGAUAGUACAGAUAAGGACGGAAAUGAGGAUGAGUCGGUUGUAGUUGAGAAGGGUCAUGCAUUCUUUUUUUACCGCCCCAAGGUCGAUACCAAAGACAUUUCGGGGACUCAGGACGUUCAAAAGUUUUACCUGCUACUUAGUCCAGAUGAUGCGGCUGGUAGGCCUGCUCCAGAGGAUAAGCUGGAACAAGGUGAUGAAGCAAGAAAGCCUUCACAUGAGGGCAAGCCCUGUCAUCGAUUGCUAGUGAUCCCACAAAAGACCUUUCCUUCCCCCGGUAAAGGGCCCAAGUCUCGUGUCUGGGCAUUCGUGGAUGAGGCCUCAUCUGACUUGGAUGACCUUGAAAAGAGAUUGGAACGCUAUUCGUAUUCAACAAAGACUCGUGGUGAUCGAACUCAGGAGCCUGCUCGAUUGAUUGGAGAGGCACGAUUUAAUAUUGUCGUGCAUCAUGGAACGUCUCAUUUCUUGUAUGAGCUCGAGGUCCCUGAGAAACCCCUAGAAGUCCAGGAGGCAUUUGGGCUUCAGAAAGAAGGACAUUUCAUUAUACAAGUGAAGAACCCAGAGAUCAAGUCUCCAGCUACAGAGCGUGGCCAAGCACGUUAUGCAUCGUUGGGACAAGGGGCAGCUACAUUACCAAAACACUUGCAGGAGAAAUUUAGAGGUGUUCGCAAGGAUAAUGUUCGAUACACAGCCUUGGAUACGACCGAGUUUUUAGACGUACAACAUGUGGAGUUGGUCCUCAUUGCAGUGAACAAGGAUGCCAAGGAGGAAUUUGCAGAGGUGGUAAAGGGGCUUGAAGAAGAGGUCGAAACGGAGUUAGAGAAUGAGAUUGAUUCAGACAAGCCUGAAGACCAUGCAUAUAAGGAGCUCGAAACUGACGAAAAAACAAUCCAUGCUGCGAUUGAUACCUUCAAGUGA